GCCGCAUUGAGAAGUGUCAGGUUUCCUUUGGCAGAGCUCGUGAACUUAAGCUGGCCCUCCAUCAUCAUCAUCAUCCUCUGCGAGGGGUUCUGAUCAACUGACCGGCUCCUGCUUCUUCUCAUCGGCGGGCUUUCGUGGACCAACACCGCGGUGAGAGGAUGGCGGAGGGAGCAGACAGCGGCUCGGCUAACCCCGCGAAGAGGAAACAAUCAGCGGAGAGGAAGAGCCGUCUGAGCCACAAGAAGAGCUCCAGCAGCCGGGUGAGUCUGGAGAAGGUUUUGGGUGUCAGCACAGCCAGCAGCAGCGGUCUGACCUGCAACCCAAAGUCCGGACUCAUCGCGUACCCAGCAGGGUGUGUCAUCGUGCUGCUCCACCCAAAGAAGAACAAACAGAACCACAUCAUCAACACGUCCCGGAAGCCCUUCAGCACUCUGGCCUUCUCCCAUGAUGGAAAACACCUGGUCACUGGAGAGAGCGGCCACAUGCCCUGCGUGCGGGUGUGGGAGCUGGGCAGAGGUCAGGUGGCUGAGGCCCAGACUCAUAAAUACGGCGUCUCCUGCGUGGCGUUCUCCACCAACAGCUGCUACAUCGUGUCCGUGGGGUACCAGCAUGACAUGACGGUCAGCGUGUGGGACUGGAGGAAAGGUGCCAUCAUUGCCUCCAACAAAGUGUCCAGCAGAGUGCUCGCCGUCUCCUUCUCUCAGGACAACAGCUACUUCGUCACAGCGGGAAACCGACACCUGAAGUUCUGGUACCUGGACGCCUCCAGAGAGCGACGGGUGAACAGCACGGUGCCUCUGAUUGGUCGGUCAGGGUUGCUAGGAGACCAUAAGAACAGCGUGUUCAGCGGUGUGGCGUGCGGGCGAGGCCUCAUGGCGUCCAGCACCUACAGCGUUACCAGCUCGGGUCUGCUGUGUCUGUUCAACAGAAGCCGGAACCUGGAGGCCUGGGUCGACCUCAAGACGGCGGCGGCGAGCUGCCUGGUGGUCAGCGAGGACUUGAUCUUCUGCGGUUGUGCUGAUGGGGCGAUCAGGGUGUUCGGCUCGUCCGGCCUGCAGUACGUCAGCACCCUGCAGCGGCCCCACCGCCUCGGCGUGGACCUCACGCAGACCCGCCUCCCGACGGGCCCGCCCGCUACCCCCGACACCGUGGCCGUGACCUUUGACCCCACCGCGCGGCUCCUGACGAGCGUGUACAACGACCACAGCGUGUACGUGUGGGACGUCCGGGACUUAAGGAGCGCCUGCAAGCUGUACUCUGCCCUGUACCACAGCAGCUGUGUGUGGAGCGUCGAGGUGUAUCCGGAGCUCUCAGGUGUGUCUCUGGCUCUUGCGCCGUCCUCCUUCCUCACCUGUUCAUCAGAUAACACCAUCCGACUGUGGCACACCGACCCCCCCACUGGACUCAGAAACCAGUACAGCCACGAUCUGCAGAGGAUUCUGUACGUGGGGGAGAACACGCAGCACCUCCAGGCUGAGAGUGAGAGGGUGGAGCCCCCUGCCGCCGGGGCUGACGGGAAAGCGGGCAUCAGAGUUCUCAGCAUCAGUCCUGAUGGACAACAUCUGGCAGCCGGAGACCGUUGUGGAAACCUACGGAUCUUUGGUCUGGAGUUCCUGGACCAGCUGGUGAAAAUCGAAGCUCACGACUCCGAGGUCUUGUGUCUGGAGUUCUCCCCCACAGCCACAGGUGUGAGGCUGUUGGCCUCGGCCAGCAGGGAUCGGCUGAUCCACAUCUUCAACUUGGAGAAGAACUACACCCUGGAGCAGACCCUCAACGACCACUCGGCCUCCAUCACCGCCGUCAAGUUCACAGGCGAGAGUCCUCAGGUGGGCUUGGUGAGCUGUGGAGCCGACAAGAGCAUCUACUUCAUGUCAGCUGAGCAGGUGGACGGGGGGCUCAGGUUCUCCAGGAGGCACCACGUGGUGGAGAAGACGACGCUGUACGACAUGGACCUGGACUCCUCCAGGACUCAGGUCUCCGUGGCCUGCCAGGACCGCAACGUCAGGGUCUACAACGUGGAGACGGGGAAGCUGAAGAAGUGUCUGAAGGGCUCCAGCAGUGACGAAGGAGCUUUGCUGAAGGUCCAGAUGGAUCCGUCCGGGUCCUACUUCGCCACCAGCUGCUCCGAUAAGAACAUCUCCAUCUUCGACUACGAGUCGGGCGAGUGUGUCGCCACCCUGUUGGGACACUCGGAGAUCGUCACCUGCAUGAGGUUCAGUCCGGACUGCAGACACCUGAUCACCGCGUCAGGAGACAGUUGUGUGUUUGUUUGGCGGCUGGACUCUCAAAUGACCAGCACCAUGAGGAAGAGGCGGGGCCUUAAAGUGUCCGCCGCCCCUGCAACCGGCCGACGCAACCAGCAGAACAUCAGGAGGGAGACCUUCAUCACCGGACCUUCCUCCCAGCUGGAGGAAGAGGAGGAAGAGGCUGACCUCGGGACUCCAGCGAGGCCGGACUGCGCUCAGGGCGCUCAGCUGCUGCAGACCAACGGGAAGCUCCCCAUGUGGUUCAGGAAACUGCAGGGGCAGGGCGGAGCCUCCGCAGCCGUCCAAUCAGCUGCCGAGCCUUGUCGGGCGAGGAACCGGUGGGCGGAGCAUCUGAACCCUCUGACCAUCUGCGCCAACUUGUCCCCGAGUCCCACUAAGAGUCAAGAGGAGGAGGAGGAAGAGGAGGAGGAAGAGGAGGAGGAGGGCGACUUCCACCCUCAGAGUCUGGAGAGUUUGCUAGGAAACGAGGAAGAGGAGGAUGCAGAGGACGAGGAAGAGGAGGAGCCCCUUCAGCUGUCUCUGUGCGAUGUUCAGGUGCUCCCGAUUCCAGCUGACGUCCUCCACCCAAGCACCACCCUAACCCACAGGGAGUUUGAGGUGGGGGCCGUGACCUGUGACCCCCAGCCAGAGGUCAAAGCUCAGAAGGUGUGGCGCACCGAGCUGAGUCCGGACUCCGCCUGCUUCGACGGCUCGGCAGGGAGCACGGAGCAGCAGCAGGACGUGGACACCGACUCGCUCAGCCAGGGGAGUUCUGUGGGCAGCUCGGUUCUGGAGGAUGAAGAAGACGACAGGAACUCUCUGAAGAACCACUUUGACACUUUGUCCUCCAGCCUGAGCGACGAGAAGUUUGACACCGACCUGAGGGCCCUGCAGCCAAACCCUCGGGAGGAGGAGAAAGACUACCUGAACCCUCGACUCAGCAUCUCCACUCGCUUCCUGUCUCGGUUCCAGGACCGGAUCAGGGUGUGGCCGAGCCGAGCUCCGCCCCCUGUGACCAUCCCGUCCAGAAUCUCUGAAGAGAGCGGCGUAAGCAACACAUCGGUCGGCGCCGAGCCGAGAGGGGGCGGCGCCCUGACGGAGUCGCCUCGGAAAGAAAGCAGCAGCAACGUUGUGAAACGCAGCCACUCAGUCCUUUGUCGUACAGCCUCCUCCAUCAUUUCCCAUCAGUCCCUUCGCCGCCCAACACGCCGCCGCCGACACUCCAUGGUGGCCGUCCAGUGCAGAGAGGCACUGCGAGACGUCACCUCCAGUCAGGUGACAUCAUCGGCCCAGCAGGGGGCGCUCCGGCUCGGCUACCUGGGAACCACAGCCAGCUCCAGGGCCAAACUGACCCAGGACCCCCCCCCCAGCCUCGGCCCCCAGGAGGAGGAGGAGAACAUGUGCUCCUCAGACCUGUGUUCUCCUGCUGGUCUGGACCAGCAUCAGGACCAGACCAGCAGCGUCACUCUGUCGUCACGGCGACCCACGGCGAGCCCGCUGGUGCCAGAGGGCGGAGUCAGGAGGUUGAGCAGCAUCAGCAGCAUCGAAGAGACUCUGACCAGUCACAACCAGACCUUCACCCUCAGCCCCGCCUCCCCCGCCACAGACACGCCCACAUUCUGUGACAGCGACCCGUCUGACUUCGUGGGGCGGGGAGAAGGUUCCGGAGGAUCCCAGACCCGAAUCCCGACUAGUCGAGACGGCCCGCCUUCCUCCUCCUCUCCUCUGUCAGAGAAGUCCCGCCUCCUUCAGCUGGGUGAGGACGAUCAGCAGGAGGAGCAGUCUGUCAGUCUUCAGCACUGUCAGCACGCCAACGAGCUGAGACAGACGGCGAGACGAGCCGUGCACCUGUACCAGCAGCUCGGCCCGUCGGUUGGCGAUCGGUGUCUUCAGAUGUCUUCCGUACUGGAGGGUGCGUUUGAUGUCGUUCACGCCGAGCUCCAGGCGGUGUUGCGGGGGAGUAGAGUCCCGUCCGCUGAGCUGCAGGAGGACGGGACAACGUCCCUUCUGGAGAAAUACUCCGAGCUGCUGGUUCAGAUGACCCAGAACAAGCUGAACCGGCUCUGAUCCGGGACCAACGCUGAGAGAGGACAACCCUCACUUUAUCAGUAUUACAUUUAAAGCACCUUUUAGUUAGUUUUUGUGACAUUUCAUCUGUUUUUAAGUGUUUUGAAUCGCAAUCAUUGUACAUAAAUCCUUGUUUUAUAUGUUCCUUAAUAAAUGUGUCAAAGUUCAA